GAUGAGGGUAACAGUAGUCGAGCCUGACGUAUCGCAUUCCCGUCCAGUUGCUCUGGCAGAGGUGCAACAUGAUACAUCUGUACAGACUGCCAUAGUGCAACAUUCAUCCAGUGUUGAAUCAGACGAUGAUGUGCAUGAAGUUCCUGCUGCUGCAGACCCUCCCGGUCUUACUUCCAAUGAUGGGCUAUUGGAUGAUGUUCCAAGGGAUAUAGAGUCAAUCGACUUGAUUCACUACAGACUUUUGACACUUGAGGGUUUGGAUCUGGGUCGGUUUAAGCAAAUGACCCGACUUUCUGUAAGGCAAAAUCUUAUUCACAAGAUCGAGCAUUUGGAUGAUGUUGCUCAACUGGAAGAAAUUGACUUUUAUGAUAAUCGCAUUUCUACGGUCUGUAACUUGGAUGGAUUGACACAUCUCAAAGUACUGGACCUGUCAUUCAACAAAGUACGCAAAAUUCAAGGGAUCGAAAGUCUGAUCCAUUUACAUGAUCUGUAUUUUGUAGCCAACAAGAUCACAGUGAUUGAGAAUUUGGGUCAUUUGGUGAACUUGACCAACCUGGAACUGGGUGCGAAUCGUAUUCGUAAACUAGAAAACCUAUCUUUAUUGGUGAAUCUUGAGCAGUUGUGGAUAGGCAAGAACAAGAUUAGCAAGAUUGAAGGUUUGGAGAACCUCAAAAAGCUGCGUUUGAUCAGCAUCCAAAGCAACCGACUUACACAGAUUCAAGGGCUUGAAACACUUGCUAAUCUGGAAGAGCUAUACCUUAGCCAUAAUGCGAUUGAAAGGAUACAGGGACUGGAAGGGAAUUUGAAACUGAGCACGUUGGAUGUAUCCAACAAUCGCAUUACCCAAUUGGAAGGAUUAGACCAUUUGACUGAAUUGGAGGAGUUAUGGGCAAGCAAUAACCAGCUGAAUCAAUUUCGACAAGUAGAGCAGCAACUCCAAAACAAAACAAAGCUGACGACAGUGUAUUUUGAAGGCAAUCCUCUUGAGACGGAUGCACGUGCAGUUUACAGAAGAAAGAUUCGAGUACUGCUUCCUCAGCUCAAGCAGAUUGAUGCAGUUCUUGUUCGUUAAUAAAAGUAUGCUUGGUGAUG